UCAAAGACCAUCCACCCGGUUACGUACUUGGAGCUUUCAUGACCCGAAGCUCCCAAGCUUGGGGUCAAGCUCUGGCUCGUCAAGCCCAGGCACAGGCAUGUUCCAGCCUCAACCCACACCAUAUUCCUCGUACGCUUCCUAUGGAAUCCACAUAGCCAACGCAGAAGUUCCCGAAUACGCCUUCCAGCCCACUCCGUUGGGACAAUUCGGGGCGGCGCAAGCUGGCGGUGCUGGCGCAGUUGCAGGUGGUAGACCAGCAGCCGUCGACUUCUUCGCCUCUCCCAUCUAUCACAAUCAUAACCAUAAUCCUCUAAUACCGCCUCACGCAAGUAAUUCAGGCCAUAUUCCUUACAGCACCAACAAUACCAAUACAAACAACCCGGCGAUACCCCACAAUCGUCAUCAAAAUCAUCGCAACAUCAAGAUGGAACCACCACAUCCAACCGACCUUGCUCAGCAAGAAACUGCAGCUCGCGAAUUCGAGCCUCAGCUAGUGAGUCCUUUAGUCGGCGAGAGACGACCAAGCACGAUAAUCACGGAGGAGUAUGCGAAAGCAGAUCCUAUAUAUGUCGCCAAAACUAUGGCAUUACCCCAGACCUACUCCCACUAUCGCCCUGUCCAAGGUGACGGUAAUUGUGGUUGGCGAGCGAUCGCCUUCGGUUAUUUCGAGACGUUGGUACAUUGCGGCGAUAUAAAUCAAGCUCAAGGCGAGUUGGCUCGGUUAACAAGCUUGAACAAAUUCAUCGAGACCGUUGGGGGACAUAGUGUCUGGCUGUUCGAGGAUAUGGUUGCCGUAACAUUUGACUUAUUCAAUGAGAUCAUCGGAGCGAUGUCUAAUGGCCAGGAUGCUAUGCUAGCCGUGAUGGAUACGUUCAACAAUCCUGAGAAGUCGCAAUCCAUCGUCUACCAUCAGCGCUUGCUCGCAUCGUCAUGGUUGAAGGGUCGUUAUGCCCAUUACGAGCCCUGGAUAACGGGUGGCGCCGAGAGCUACGUUCAAGAUACCAUCCUACCUAUUGACCGGGAGAUCGACCACGUAGGUGUUGUGCUACUUCACGACGUGCUACUCAAACCAGCGAAUAUCGUGCUCGAAAUUGUCUACUUAGACCGGAGCAACGGCAUGGAAGCCAAUAUUCAUCGGAUGCCCGAAGAAGCUAACGGUCAGGACCAGACUGCAUUAGGGCCAAUAAUUUACCUGUUGUACCGUCCAGGUCAUUACGAUAUUUUAUAUCGCGACUCUAUUGUCCAGCCUUCACCCAUGCCGCCCGCACUAACUACACUGUCGAUCAAUCGGGCAACGCCCUUCACGCAUCAAGAGAUUGAAAGCACCGACAUGCCACUUCAAGACUUCCCGGUUGACAUGAGUACAUUAGCUAUGAUACCCGGUUUUGGUGUUGCCGACAUAUCCCCCUUGGGGUCUCCGGCCGCACCGUCUCCUAUGUCAGAUCCUUAUGCCCCUUCUCCGCAAUCGCCAUGGAUGCCGCAGCCGUUUCCAGAUGGCCUAGCUACCGGGCCUCCACCUCCACAACCGAGUCCCCCGCAGCAACAGCCAGCAACCCCCAUGACGUUGCACCCUCUGCGCUUCAGCAAAUACAACUUCCCUGACCUAGUUGAAACCAACACGUUUCACGAACCAGCUUUCACGACAAAUACCUUUAAAAACAGCCACUUCAAUGUGGCUCAUUACAAUAAUAUGAAUUUCCAGCCUGAGAUGUACAGGCCAGAGGCAGACGAAGAGAUAUCACAUGGAAAAGGCAGCGGUCGGAAACGGAGUAGCGAGCAUUGCGCGGUCAUCAAAAAAGAGAACAGGGGUUAGAGGUUUUUUUCCCCCGGUCCCAUGAGCAUUCUUCCGUUUGGGAGGCGGUGACACUUCCCGUCUAUUACACCCACGGCGUUACUUGGUAAUGAAAG